AUUCCUGUCUGCUCCCCAUCCCGCAACAACCUGGAGGAGAGAGCGCACAGCUACAUCACUGCCCCUGCCUCCUCCUCCUCCUCACAGCGUUGGUCGCCAUCCAUCUCUUCUCCUCCUGUACCAUAACAGAUGGUGGGAACAACAUUGCAUCCUCGGGUACCACAACAAUAGACCGCAGCAUCCAGUCCAGACAACACUGGCCUUGCACCAUUAUGCUCCUAGUGCAGGGCUGCAUGAGGCUGUGAGUGCCGUCGUGAUUUAUUUCACGCGGUACCAUCAACACGGCCACGGAGGAACCUUCUAGCGACUAUUUGGGCUCUCCAUCGAGUGGGGAAGAUGGCCGCUAUGAAAAUAUUGACCAGCACGGGGCUCUUCUUGGCGUUCUGUGCACUGGGGCUGCUUGCCAUGGCGAUUUGCACCGAUUACUGGUACGAGACCGACGCUAGGAGACAUCGAGAGAGGUGUAAAAACUAUGCCAACAAGCGAAACGACCCAGGGUACAUCUACAUUUCAAACCACAACCUCCCCCUCCAGAUGCCUCCAAAGAGCCUGGAGAGGAAAGGUAACGGCCCAGAUGCUGGUGUUCUCAUCAGAAGGAAGCGGCACUUUCUGGCCGCAGCGUCGGCCAUGGAGUCUCAUUGCAGCCGGCAGUUUAACUCCACCAUCUCCGGGCUUUGGAGGAAGUGUCACCGGGAAGGAUUCGACCUGGAAACCGAGGACCUUAUUUACAAAGGAAUAAUUCAAAGAUGUACACCAGUCAAGUAUCACUACUCUUCGUCUGUCCUACCACGAAAUUUACCCAUCAACAUCACAAAGACCAUACGACAGGAUGAGUGGCAUGCACUCCAUCUAAGAAGAAUGACGGCUGGCUUUGUGGGAAUGGCUGUGUCCAUUAUUCUUUUUGGCUGGAUUGUUGGAGUGCUGGGAUGCUGCCAGCAGCAUGACCUCAUGCAAUAUGUAGCUGGGCUACUCUUUCUCAUGGGAGGAACAUGCUGCAUCAUCUCCUUGUGCACAUGUGUGGCAGGAAUCAACUUUGAGUUAUCCCGCUACCCCCGCUACCUGUAUGGCCUCCCAGAGGACAUUAGCCAUGGCUAUGGCUGGUCCAUGUUUUGUGCCUGGGGGGGCCUCGGUCUCACAUUGCUGGCUGGCUUCCUGUGCACCUUGGCCCCCUCCCUGAGCACACCAACCCGUACAACAACCCACAAGCCGAGGCAAGAGAAUGGAACCGUGUGACAGGACCGUGGCGUCGUGAGGCGACUUACCCGCGGAACGCACAAACCACACCCUUCCAACCUUGAUGUUUAACUCUGAAACAGUUUUUGUCUGAUCACCAUCUCACACCGCCCUCGACAUCACGAUCCCCCGUCAAUGUUCAGUGUGCCUGAAUUGUGACAGAAGGAGCAAACUAACACACCUAAUCUCAAAAAUCCCAGAGGGACCUCCAGGAACAACGAGCGUUACACCUACAGUGACAUAUCACUGAGGCACGGCUCGCUUAACACAAAUAAGACUUUGUUUGGUUCAGAUUUUUGACCUGCUGACUUUACAGUGAUCUAAAGUUGACUGUUUUCUCUAAAGAGAAUUUGUCUUAAAAUGGUGCUCUCUUAUAUACAUAAAGCUACAUACACACCCGCAUAGCACACACACACACACACACUCACACACAUGCACACAAAUACACUAACUUUUCCACACAUGCCCAAUUAUUCUGGAAGAAUCAUGAGAGAAAUCCUUGAAAAGAAACAAAAACACAAACAUUAGGCAUCCUGUCAGCAUUCCUCUUUCAUUCGAGUGAUGUGUGCUGUGUUAUUGUUCGUAAUGAAAAAAAAAAAAAUCUGGCAUUGACUGCCCAUUGCUUAUCUUUAGUGUAGCACACUUACUGAUAUCAGACAAGAACCCCAGGGGUAGAUGUCUGCAGCCUCUGCAGAGCAGAAAAUGGACCGUGUAAUGUGGUCAGUAUGAUAAAAUACAUGGUAAACAAGUCAAUUCACAUUGAAACGCAAACUGUUUCAUGCUUCUUAAAGAUUCUAUAUGUACAAAUGCAUCUCUGUGUAAACCCAGAUCAUUGUUUGUGUAAAAUAGAUUUUGAAUAAAAAUAUUUGUUUUCUUUGUUUAGAAGUAAAGAUGGUUGACAGUAUAGACGGGAUGAAAAGUUAAAGGACGGACCUAGAGGCAUGAGUCCAUGUUGGAUUCAGCAACAUUAAAGUAUUUUGUAGUACUUGAUGAAAAAGGAGUGAAAAGUAAAAGAAAGUAUUCGAUCACAAUGGCUGCUGAGCUGUGAUGUAGUUCUGCUGUGCUGUUACUGAUCUGACUGUUGUUUUCUGAGGAGAGAAAAACAAAAACCAAGUUGUGGAGGAAGUAUUUCAUUACUUCAUUGUUUACCUUUAACUUUAACAUCAGUGAGACUUUUUUAAAAGAAAGAAAAAAAAA